AGUUAAAAGAUAACACUUGAGCACAGAUCCUCUGCCCUCAUGAGUCAGAUCCAGCUUUGCUCACAGACAUGACACCACAGAGUGAGAAUGUGCCAACUGAGCUGAGGCAACCAGCACUAAUAAGGAGAGGAGAGUUGGGGCUCCUCACACUCACUGUUUUCCAUUUGCCCACGCCGGCAGGCAGGCUGGGAUGAGGGGCUAAAAUGUGGCUUUUUAAAAGAAGAGAUCAACGCACAAGAGGUGAAACAGGGCAAUGACCUUCAGUCACGACUUCCUGCCUAUACACAGGUCACAUCAACUUUUAAAGUCAAUCUGGGAGAUAAGCUGCCUCUGUUUCCCUGGUUCAGUCACAAAAGGGGUGCACCCGGCCUCCAAAGGAUGGCUACGCAGGUUUUUACUGCUGAAGCUGGUGACGGUGCUGCUGUUCCCCCAUGGGGUGGGCCUCCCCCUGCUCCUGGGCUGUGUAUUCAGCCUGCGCGCUCUGUUGCUCCUGCGCUCCCCUCACAUCUCCACCAAGCCCUCCACUGUCCUCCUGAGCCAGCUGGCUCUCUCAGAUAGCCUUGUGCUGCUGCACUGGGCGCUUCGGCUGGGAGUGACGCUGGGGAGGUGGAUGGAGGAGGUGGGCUGGAAGGCGGAGGUGAGUUUUAUGAAGGAGGGGAAAUCGGUUUGGUGGAGAGAGGCUGCAAAAGUGCUCUGUCAUCAGCUGCUUGAUGCACAUCAGCUGGCCUCUCUGCUGCUGCUGGGUCUGCUGGGACUCGAGGCCACGCUGGUGUCACGCUGGCCUCAGCAGACUCGGAAAUUCAGGACUUCUCGCUGGGCGCAGCUCAGCUGCCGUCUGGCCUGGAUGCUUGUGCUGCUGGAACUCACGUCUUUGCUACACUUCAAAACUUUGCAGGACUUCAGACUUCAGAUGUACCCCUCAGCAUUUCAUCGUCCUGGCAUCAUGCUUCCCCCCUCCCUGCCUACUCUCUCGUGUUAUCUGAGGAAGAUGUUAUGGCUGGUGAAUUCAUGGCUGCAUUACGCCAUCUUCUAUGGUCAACCACAGAGGAGAAAGAGUUGCUAUCAUUAGACCUUUGUAACAGGAGGGGAAAUGGUUGCAUUUAUACAAAAACAAAAUCUUAUUUCUAAAAACUUACUUUACAAGUCAGACUAUGUAAGCUUUCCUGCGAAUAAUCUGUCAUACAGACUAUUAUAGUUAUAAUAGUCUAGUUAUAAAACCAAUAAAAAGUUAUACUAAUAUUAUUGUUAAAAAACAGAAUGCUCUAUAAAUGUUGAUAAACAUGAAUGUUACUACAGAAAGCAAGGUAGAAGUUGCACUGGGCCUUCUGUUCAGCUGGAACAGGAAAUACAAGUGUCUCAUACUUACAGUAUUCAUAAAUAGACAACUAAUCAGUGACUAAUCUGUCAUCUGCAUUUGCAUUUGCAUAGCCACUUAUCCAGUUCAGGAGCUUCAGAGUAAAGUGAAAGUGAAUUAUAUAAAUUCAAAGCUUUAUUUUCAUCAAGGAAAUCAUCAAGGAAAAUUAGCUUAAUGAAUGAUCUGAUGAAUUUGCUUUAAAAAUUAAUAACAUUUUAAUUCCUUUAAAUGAUCUUUAAUUUGAGUCCACCUGUUGCCCUAUGACAGCUGAUGUAGGCUCCAGCUUAUCCCAGCAACCCUGAUAAGGAUACGAGGAAAAGAGAAUGGAUGGACUUUUCAUUUGUAUCAUAUUUGCUUUAUCUGGUAUUUGAAAAGGUUUUUUUGGGGGAAAGUUGCACUCUAUGUAUCAAAUGUGAUACACUAGGCAUCGAGGGGGUUAAUCUUUGGAAUUUUUGUGUUUUAUCUGUUACAGGCGGAGCCAUGCACUAAAACGUUCCCUGCUUUCACUGCAUCUGUUUGAGUCUUAAUGGCACUAUAAUUUACAAAAUUAAUGUAAUGCUAUAUUCAGUAAGAGUUAAAACAUGUGACUAUAACCAUUAACUCAUUAGGAAGCUCUUUACUGAGGUCACAUAUGAAUGUAACUUCUAAACAAUUCUUUUCUUUGUAUCCAGAGUCGUCACACCCUGCUCGGCACAACGAUUCAAAAAGAAUUCACGUUUAAGCCGUUUCACUUUUCAGUAGCCACAUUUAAUGCCCAUCUUUUAUAUACAGGGUUUUAUGAACUGAGCAGAGAAACGUCUGAGUGUAAGAAUUAAAAAGUUUUAAAAGAUUUUUAAUUCUUAUAAAUGCAACUUUUCAUGUGUAAACACAAACUAAAAGCAAGUUUUGUUUUUUUUAACAUUACUUGGGGUAACAUUUGAAAAGUGCUUAGAGUUUAAAAUGAUGUAUUGGCAUUUAUUAUCAAAAAAACGAAUACUUUUAGCACACACAUUAUGACACAUCCAUUAAAUGGGAAUCUGAACACACACGGCUUUCACACUUGAUUUUUGAGAGGCUUAUAUGACAUGAUCAGCUUUACGUGCAAAUGUGCUCUCACUUGUUGUCUCUCCCUUAUUUAAACUGGCAGCCAGCCCAGGAAAUGGUGUUAAUACCAGAGUACAACACAAUAAAAUGUUUGCGUGGUAAAACCA